AUUAACACAUUUAUUAUGAUAACCAAGAUUGCCAACAAGAAGAAAAAUAUUUCAGAUCCAAGAAAAUCCUUUGAUAAUUCCCAAUUAGUGAAUAAGAUUCUGCAGAUUACCAAUCUUUCUAAAAGCAGCUGAAGCGACUGAGAUAGCAGAGAUGGACACAUUUUUCCUAGUUUGAUCCACACUCUCUUACAAUCCUAUGAAAGGAAAAGACCGUUAGCUUAUCGAACAGAGAUCCAAGAGUCCUUAAGAAGUCCAAUGGCUUACCAAAAUGUCAGUAUCGAUAAUCUGAAUACGAUUUGUGACAAAUUAAGAAGAGAAAGUUGUAUGUCUACUGAGAUGCCACUUUCUUACUUCAAAGAAUCUCCUGUGGAUCAUAUUUCUAUCGAUAAGCUCGAUGAAGGCAUCAGCAGUCAACCUAGUAGCAGAGGUUCAAAGAAGGUCAGUUUUGAGGAGAAGAAGAGGCGCAAUAGGGAGCUCCUCUUAGAUAAACUCUUAAAGAUGAGUGAAGAAGAUCUUGUAGUUAAGGGCAAGCCAAAGAGAAAUUUGAAGACCUUCUCAGCCCAGCAUGAAGAUUUUAGAGGGUCUAGAUACAGAGGAGUCUCUAAGAAUAAGGGAAAGUGGCAGAUGACCUUAACAUUGAACAAUAAGCGGCUAUACAAAGGCGGCUUCAGGACUGAAAUUGAAGCAGCGAGAGAAUACGAUAAACUUUCCAUCCAGAAUUUUGGUUUGAAGGCUAGAGCUAAUUUAAGUUACAGUAAAGCUGAAGUAAUUUCAGUAAUUAAUGAAGAUCAGGAAUCUUAAAUAUUAGGCACCAAUUAAUAGACCUAGAGAUUAUUCAUCAAUUUAAGCAUGUCUAAUUAAGUUUA